CAACUUGUACAACUGCACAGCAUUUCCACUAUGUCGAUAUAAAGGAAGAAGGCUACAGAAUAAUACUACCUUUAUGGCUUUGCAUUUUUUUAGUUGUUUUUAAUCCUGCCCUGUUCCGACCUCACAAUCUUUCUUCCGUUUGAACUUGGUUUUUACUGUGUUUCUUCCAGCCUCGCUCAGGACCAAUCAGCUCAGAAAGAGGGUGCCUAACUGUCUCUCUUUUUUGGAUGGACAGUCACAAUUAAGAUUUCUGAAAAUGGAAAAAGGAUACCCACCACAGGAAUCAGCUCCACCAUAUCCUGGGCCACCUAUGAACUACGGGGGUCCAGGGCCUCAGCCAGGGAUGUACCCUCAGCCAGGCAUGUACCCCCAGCCAGGGAUGUACCCUCAGCCGGGCUUCCCUGCAGGACCUCCACCUGCUGGAUACCAGGGAGGUGCUCCUUUUGCUCAGGCCCCUGCUGCACCUGUCACACAAGUGGCUCACCUAGUAGUAUCACCUGCACUACAUGACGUCCCAGGACAAACUGUGUGUCCCCACUGCCAGCAGACAGUGAUCACCCAGACACAGCACACAGCCGGCCUGAUGACAUGGGCCAUCUGCGGUGGACUCGCCCUCUUUGGGUGUUUUCUUUGCUGCUGUAUCCCGUUCUGCAUUGAUUCCUGUCAAGAUGUAGAGCAUCGCUGUUCGUCCUGCAAGAGAGUCAUCUACAUAUACAAACGAAUGUAAAACUAUCUUGACUGGGACUGGGGGAGAAUAACUCAUAUUAUCUAGCUAAUAACCUUACCUGCUCUAAAUAUUUGAAUAUUAAAAAUAAUAAUAAUACAAAAUUGACUUAUUCUAGUCCUAUACUGACUGUCCAUUUUGUGACUUUUUCCUGCUAUAAUUUUAAUCUUAUUGAUAUAUAUCAUGAGGCAUCACACUGUGAGGAGUUAUUAUAUUCAGUAAUUAGUUAAAUAUUUAAUUAAACAAGGGAUGUAAACCAAUAAACAUGCUUCUAGUUCUAGUA